UCCUGUUUUGUCUUUAAAGAUAAACUGAGGCAGUGUGAAGUCAUCACACAUCACCAUGAGCCUCCAAGAGACUGCGACCUGCUUCUUCUUCCUCACUCUGUGCGGUCAACACAGUGACAUCAUCACUGCACAAGAGGUCCAUUCUGGAAGAGAAGGAGAAGAUAUCACAGUUGUAUGCAGAUUCUAUUGGUCUGGACGCAGGAUGUUCUGCAGAGAAACAUGUGAUAACAACAACAACAUUCUUCUUCAAACUGACAGUGACUCUGCUGAGAACAACAAAUACAAGAUCACUUUUAUAAAACGGGACAUUCUAAAAUACGACAUUCUGGAUGUGACCAUCAAACAUCUGACAAAAUCUGAUGAAGGACGUUACAGGUGUGAAGUGGAAAGGUGGAUCUCAGACAGAAAAGACGACUUUCUGAUCAGAGUCACAGACGGUGAGUUUCUGCUUUCAGUCUGA